AUGCUGGUGGUCCUGUUCACAGCGGUCCUGCUGGCCCUGAGCUCUGCUCAGGAACCCGGUGAAGAACUUCAGAACCAAGACCAGAUUCCCAAUCAGAGACCACCUCCUUCAGGAUUCCAACCAAGACCACCUGCUAAUGGGAACCAGCAAGGCCCACCCCCACCAGAAGGUCCACAGCAGAGACCUCCACAAGGCCCACCCCCACCAGGAGGCCCACAACAGAGACCUCAAGGCCCACCCCAACAAGGAGGCCCACAGCAGAGACCCCCUCAAGGCCCACCCCCACAAGGAGGCCCACAGCAGAGACCUCCUCAGGCUGGAAACCCACAAGGUCCACCACAAGGUCCCCAAUUUGGAUUAGGUGGCUGGUUCUACCUAGGGCUUGGAGUGGGUCUUCCUGAUUACCUGGUUUUAGAACUCUGUUCUCUACCUGGCCUCCAGACAGUGCCUCGCUUCUUCCAGCACAGACUUGGGAGAAACUCCAGAGCCUCUUCCAACAUGCUGGUGGUCCUGUUCACAGUGGUCCUGCUGGCCCUGAGCUCUGCUCAGGAACCUGGUGAAGAACUUCAGAACCAAAACCAGAUUCCCAAUCAGAGACCACCUCCUUCAGGAUUCCAACCAAGACCACCUGCUAAUGGGAACCAGCAAGGCCCACCCCCACCAGGAGGCCCACAGCAGAGACCUCCACAAGGCCCACCCCCACCAGGAGGCCCACAGCAGAGACCUCCUCAAGGCCCACCCCAACAAGGAGGCCCACAGCAGAGACCCCCUCAAGGCCCACCCCAACAAGGAGGCCCACAGCAGAGACCCCCUCAAGGCCCACCCCAACAAGGAGGCCCACAGCAGAGACCUCCUCAGGCUGGAAACCCACAAGGUCCACCACAAGGUCCCCAAUUUGGUAGACCCCAGGGACCUCAGUAA